GCUUGAUGAUGGUAGGAUAGAGCAGCGCUUUUAACCGUCAUUGGGGUGGGAUGGAGUGAAUGAACGGAUUUGUAGUCUAGUCAAUGCCUCCGAUUUGAUCAUAUACGCAAACUCAGACGAUUUCCGCCUGCUUAAGCCAUACAGACACACACACACAGACACACAUAUACAUAUACAAUCGAUGAGCACGACCAAAUGAAUGUACGUGAUGUAAUGUUAUUAAUAAACCUAUGAUACAGGUGAACUCAUGAGCUGAAGUAACAGUGUCGUAGCUCACACUCAGGACCAUCUCCAAAGUCAGGUUUUUAUUUGAAAUCACUGCAGCGAUAGGGCUCUUUAUGAUUGGCAUUUUCAUCAUUAACAUAUAGAGUAUAUAUCUAUAUAUAGUGGUAGUACAGUAUAGUCAGCAUUGGCUCAGUGCAAGGACAAUGACUCAUUUACAGGCAGGCCUGUCUCCAGAAACCCUGGAGAAAGCCAAGGUGGAGUUAAAGGAGAACCCCGACACUUUGCAUCAGGACAUACAGGAGGUGAGGGACAUGAUCAUCACCCGUCCAGACAUUGGCUUUCUCAGGACAGACGAUGCUUUCAUCCUGCGCUUUCUUAGAGCUCGUAAAUUUAACCAUUUCGAGGCCUUUCGCCUCCUGGCCCAAUACUUUGAGUACCGGCAACAGAACCUAGAUAUGUUCAAGAACCUGAAGGCCACCGAUCCAGGGAUCAAGCAAGCUCUGAAAGAUGGAUUUCCUGGAGUCCUUUCCAAUCUGGAUAGAUAUGGGAGGAAGAUUCUGGUCCUGUUCGCAGCCAACUGGGAUCAGAGCAGGUACACUUUUGUGGAUAUUCUGCGAGCUAUUUUACUUUCUCUGGAGGCAAUGAUAGAAGACCCGGAGCUACAAGUUAAUGGAUUUGUCUUGAUCAUUGACUGGAGUAACUUCACUUUCAAGCAAGCUUCCAAGCUCACUCCAAGCAUGUUGAGAUUGGCAAUCGAGGGCCUGCAGGAUAGCUUCCCAGCCAGGUUUGGAGGGAUUCAUUUUGUCAACCAACCUUGGUACAUCCACGCUUUGUACACAGUCAUCCGACCUUUUCUCAAGGACAAAACAAGAAAAAGGAUUUUCAUGCAUGGAAACAAUCUGAACAGCUUGCACCAGCUGAUCUUGCCUGAGAUUCUGCCGUCUGAACUGGGUGGCAUGUUGCCUCCGUACGACAUGGGCACAUGGGCCAGAACGCUGCUUGACCACGCAUACGACGAGGAGACGGACUACUGCCCCGAAUCCUACACCCUUUCUGUUAAAGACCUGGAGAAAGACCUGUCGCCCAAAACCAUGAAGAGGUCCCAGUCCGUGGUGGAGCCAGGUGUCCUGAAACGACCAGAGAAAGUGAAAAGUGAAGAAGAGAACAUGCAGCCGCUGCUUUCGCUGGACUAAAGCUUCUUAAUUCCCCAGGCAAUGAGGAACCAUUCCACCCCGUCUGCUGGGAAGGAGUGCACCUUGUUCCUGUAACACACAAAAA